AUGGAAGACGUUAAUCCCUUGGACACUUUUAAUAACGCACCUGUUUUCAACAAUAUCGAUUCAGUAACAGAAAUACACAGUGGUGAGAAAUCUUUAUCUUGUGAAACAUUUACUAAACAAAUAUCACCAGACAGAAAUAUUCCUGAAUAUUGUUGUGAGGUUUGUAAGAAAACAUUUUCUUCAGAACAGGAAUUCUUUACACACAAAGAAAUACACGACAGAGGAAAACCCUUCCACUGUGAAAUAUGUGGGAAAGCUUUUGAUUAUAAUAGUUAUUUAACGAAGCACAAAAGAAUCCACACUGGCGAAAAACCGUUUCACUGUGAAAUAUGCAGGAAAUCUUUUGUUAGUAAUUCGAAUCUUCUUAUACACAAACGUAGUCACAGUGGAGAAAAACCUUAUCAUUGUGAUAUAUGUGGGAAAUCAUUUAUGAUAAACAGUUAUUUAACAACACACAAAAGAAUCCACACUGGAGAGAAACCUUGCCGUUGCGAAAUCUGUGGGAAAUCUUUCUCUGAUUAUUCUAGUCUUAUAGUUCACAAACGCAGUCACACUGGAGAAAAACCCUAUCACUGUGAUAGACCCAGUUUUAUAGAUUAUGACUGGAAAAACACAAAGACUAUCAGAUGA